UGGAGCCAAGUAUAGCUAUUUAUAUAAACAAGAUAAGCUCGAAGAAAGAUAACUCUUAGAAUGCUUACUGGAAACAAAUGUCUUAAACUGCUGCAGUAGAGUGACUAAUACUUUACAGAAAAGCUGCAAAUAUCACUUAGUCUAAGAUGUACAUGUGGAUAGCCUGGGUAUUCCUUAUCAUUACUAAUGAGAUACUGUUCUCUGAUGGCUCUGCUAAACUGCCAUGUAAUGAAGAGCUCACAAAGAGUGAAUUUGGCUGGGGUCGUGCAAGCUUAUCGUGCAGCGAAGACAGUGCAACCCUGUAUUGGCACAUACCAAUGAAUAGCAACUUUCGGUACUUUCAAGUUCAAUUCCAGUGCUACAAUUCCACCUAUGAUCCAGAAAACUUUAACAUCGUUAGUUCUUACGAUCUCUUUGAUGUAGAUAGGAUGGAGACUUAUUAUGAGCUGGAAGAGCGAUAUUGUAAAAUGAUUAUAUGUGCUGAAAUCCUAGCCAGAGUAAAGAGGUAUAAACUGUUGACUGUAGAAUCCUGUGAACUUAAAGAUGACAUUGUCACUCCUACUACCACUGACUUAUCACUAUCCUUUUCUAAACACUUCUCAACAUACUAUACAAACUUGUACUCUACCGCCAACUCUCUUCCUUUAUCAUCAAUGGCAUCCAGCACAGUGUCACAUCCGAGGCCACCACAGAAUACGAAUGUGCCUACACCUAACACACAGUCACAUGUACCUACAUCAUCCUCAGUGAAUGGGCCAGUAUUGCAGAGUAGCAGCUACAAUGUAACAGUGACCAUUGUUUCUACAAGUGUUACAGUUUUGGUGGCUUUGGUCUUCAUUGUACUACUGUUAAUAUUUAUAUUUAUAGUCUAUCAAAAAUACUGGAUGUAUUCGACAAAGAAGGAAGGAAUUGAACAUAGGGAAAUAUACAGCAGCAUAAUACUCAUUCCAAUAUCUCGUGUUGUUUCAAGCGAAAGCAUUAAAACUGAAUUAUGCAAUCCUUCAGCGGAUGGCAAUAAAACAGUCGACCCAAUGAUAAAGAACCACUCUUCGCCGCCUCCUACCAUCAUAAAAGAAAACGAGAUGGGGAAGGAAUUCGAUCAAGAGAGGCCUCCAUCAUCAUCAGAAAGUGGUUAUGGUGACAGCCCAGUUUGUACCAGUAGCAGUACCAUCAGUGUUUCUGUAGAUAUAGACAUAUCCUUUGUCCCUGCUGACAAUGGGCCCUCUCCUGUCUUCUCUCAUAACACCUCAUUAGACAAUAAUGAUACUAAUGCUUCACGACCAAAAAGUGAGACAUACAGCGCAAGUAGUACUGAGUAUGUUGAUUGGAACGAAAAAGAAAAAGAAGAUACUAAUAUUAAUAACAACAACAAUAACAAUAACAAUAAUAAUGACUAUAUUGACGAAGAGAGAGCUACCACUGCAAUGUAUUCUAAACGUAUGUAGGUAGCUCCUCACUCAUUUUUUUCAGCCACUCAUAUCUUAAACAUGUAUAAUAAUAACACUAUUAUUACAAAAAUAUUAAUUAUCAAAA